GCACUCCAUAGAAGCCGCGGCGCGGCUUAUCGGGGUUGGUGACGUAAAGCAGCGCGUGACGGAGGCCAAGCCUGCGAGCGGUCUCCAGGAACCUGGGGGGAGGGGCGAUCGAGUGAACACGAGACAAACUCGGCCGGGUCACUGAGCUGCGGUCAGCACACCCGCCUUAAGUCACCUCCCGCCGCGACGUGUGUGGGCGGCUCCUGUUUGUAGCGUGUCCCGGAUAUUGUAGAGAGGUGAGGUGGGGGGUGUCAUUACCACCGCCUCCUCUAUCUCCGCCUCUUCCUCGGCUCUCUCCUCCUCCGCCCAGCUCACCCGAACAACCCGCCCGGCACCGGCAGCAGCGAGAGGCAUCAUGGCGCUGAAGCGGAUUCACAAGGAACUGAAUGAUUUGGCUCGUGAUCCUCCAGCACAAUGUUCUGCAGGCCCAGUUGGGGAUGACAUGUUUCACUGGCAAGCCACAAUUAUGGGACCCAAUGACAGUCCAUAUCAAGGCGGUGUAUUUUUCUUGACUAUUCAUUUUCCAACAGACUACCCCUUCAAACCUCCAAAAGUUGCGUUUACAACAAGAAUCUACCAUCCAAAUAUCAACAGCAAUGGCAGCAUUUGUCUUGAUAUUCUCAGAUCACAGUGGUCCCCAGCUUUAACAAUUUCUAAGGUUCUUUUGUCAAUUUGUUCACUGUUGUGUGACCCAAACCCAGAUGACCCUCUAGUGCCAGAAAUUGCACGGAUCUACAAAACAGAUAGGGAAAAGUACAACAGAAUAGCCCGGGAAUGGACUCAGAAAUAUGCUAUGUGAUGCUACCUUCAAGUCUGAAUAAACCUGCAUUAUAGCUGGAAUAAACUUUAAAUUACUGUUUUCCCCUCCCUUUCAGACCUCAUCUACUUACCUUCCCCUCUCUAUUAUUUUUUAUUGUUUUUUUUUUCGUGCUGCCUCCCUUCAUGCACAUGCUCACAUGGGAAGACUUUUAGCUCAAUAUUGGACAGAAACUGCUCUAGACUGUCAAGUAGUUACCAGAAUACAAUUGCCCAAGAUUCAUAAUUGUAUCAAACGGAGCAUGUGUUAAAAUGUGGCCAAUGUCUUCACUGUAACUUGGUUAUGAGACUAAAUCCAUCUUUCAUUUCUCACUAAAAUGGUGAAGAUAGCGCCUCUGUUUGGGCUAGGGAGGGGAAGGUGCUAAGCAGAAAUAAAUUAAACAAAAACGAUGCCCAGUUGUCUGUCAUUGUAUAGAAUACAGGACCAUGGAAUUGCUCUGGAUAUUUUGGUAAAACCCUUCAGCUAUUUCAGACUUCAUGAUGUACUUUAUGCUCAUAACUGAUGUUUGGGUGGCGAGUUGGUGAAAUUUAUAUAGCGGAACAGAAGUAAUGUAUUUUAUGCAUGUCAAUAAAUAUGACAAAUUGAAAUUUGGAAGGUGAACCCCCCAUUUAAUAACAGGAUCAAAAGUUUUGUAAUUUUUUUUUCAUUGGUUUUUUUUUUUUUUUUUUUUUUUUGGAGGCCGAGCUAUUAGUUGAUCUAUCUUCCAAACAUUGUUUAAUAUAGCACUGAAUAAAACCAUUCAAGCAUCAAUGGAUGACUGAUCAACUAAUAGCUCUGUUAGUCUUUAUUCUUCAAUAAAGUUGCAUAAACCAAUCUGUUAGCAGCCUGAAUUAAUCAAUGUUUGCAACCUUACUUUCUUUGUAAAUUCACAAAAUGUGUGUGUAUAUAAAGUAUGGAUUUUGUUCUGUUUGACGUCAAAUGAUAGUGUAAAGUUCACGAGAACAAAAAACUUUUUUUUUUUUUUCUAUGUUCUUUUAAAGUUGUUUAAAUCAGCGUAGUAUCUCAAGCAGAAGUAGCUUCUGCCCAUUCUGGGUGGAAAUAUCAACAACUGGUAUUCACUGGCUGAGGAGAGAUUAUUGUGAUUUAAAGUUUACUGGUCAUGUAACGCUCAACGUUCAUGGUAUCUUAUUUAAUACGUUUUUCCUGAACUCUGCAACAUUCUGCUGUUGACAGCCAUCAACCCACUGGCAAUGUGUGGUUGGCACGAUCAGAACUUUGUGAAAGCUCACAUGGCCGUACUAAUUUUCCACGACAGAAUCCUGCUUGGCCAUUGGCAUGGGGGACUGGUGUCGUGAAGCUUUGUUUAAAAGUGAUUUUUUUUUUAACGUGGGAUGUUCAUUAGAUUGAAAGGAUUAUUUGCUCUGCUGUUUACAAAAUACGUAUUUUAGUGCAAACAACAAGUUUAAUCUCCUAGAUGACUUAUCAUGGAUGAAUGAAAGCAGUACUGUUGUUUUUUUCAUUUCACAAUAAAAAGCUGUCUGUGC